UUGUCUUGAAACAUACAAAUAAUGUUUCUAUUGCUGCCAGACUAUUGUACUGCAUUUCUCCAAUAUACCAAACCUCGGUUGUGAAAGAUUGCUUAAUUCUGAUAGAUUUUGUGUAUUCAAGAACGUGAAAGUAAAUUCCUGAUAAUUGUCAGUACUCUGCAAUUUAACAAACACGUUGUUACUGCGUAACAUAAAAACAGAUUAUAGAUAUAACCCGUAAUAAAGUACUUCCGUGCGAAUCCAGAGGUUGAACAAAGGAAAUACAUAUUUUCACAAAUUUUGAAAUAAAACAUCAAUUAAAUACUUCCAGGAAGUACAUGACAGACAAAGUACAUUUUCAAUUGAUUCUUACCAUUCUGCAACUUAUACUCUAAUUCAUAACAAUUUGCGAUUCAGCUGAAUCUUGUCUUCAAAUGCAAACCAGGAUAGUUUGGCCUGGGAAAGAUAGGGAUGCCGAGUUGCGUGGUGUUUGCACUGCUCUUCAAAAUGGUCCAGUCUGCUGAUGGGGAGUGCACCACCAAUCAGUGGCCAUAUUCGUGUGAAGCUAACUUUAAAAUUGGGCCUUCAAAAUGUGAACCGUGUGAGAUGGGUAGAUACGGGUGUAACUGCUCCCAGGUGUGCUCCACGGGUACCUACGGGCUGAACUGCUACCACCAGUGUUACUGUACCGGGGACGAGGUGUGUGACCCCGCAGUAGGGUGUACAAAUGUUACAACAACCCUAUCACCGACCACUCUAAGCCAAUCAACAGCAAGAAUUUAUAACUAUACUUCAAUGAAUUCAGAUAGCACACAAUAUAAAACGAGUGAUAAGGCUCCACCCGAUCCGAAAUCCGAUACGGACCAGUCGAUGACCCUACAGGUCAUAGUGAUUGUACUGGUAUCGUUACUGGUGGUCGUGGUCAUCUCAUGCAAGUCCUGUGUCUGUUUCCUAGUGAGGCGAAAUUCGAAAGCUAAAACAUAUCAAAUAGGUACAAAACCAAGCGAAGAAGUUCAAGAAGCUGAUGAAGAAAAUAACGACGCGCAUUCUUAUCUGACGAUCAGUGAAAGGUCAGUCAGGAUAUAUGCCAGUGUUCACUAUGACGAGGCGGAGGAGGGGAAAAGUAGUCCCUCCGUAUCCCUCCACAGCAAAAAAGAGCAUACUAGCAGUGAGAGUGAUAAUAGUAAGGAAUCUGACAAUUAUUUGACUCCUAUAGUGAAUACUGGGGAGGAAACCAAAGCAGACAUUCAGGAAUCUUGUGACGAUAAUGAGGAUUCUAAUGAUAUAACGAAGCCUAUACUCUUAGAAACUUGUAUUUAAUCAAAAAUAUCAGUGCUCUGAAAAUAAGCAUGUGUUAAUACUUCAUCAAAAGCAUUACCAUAUCGAAUUAGCAGUUACCGAAAUAAUAUCAGCUUGAAUGGGGUGUAACUAAAGUAGUAAGGGAGAAGACGGUUGAUGGUUGGAUAAUUAGUGUUGCUUGAAUUGCAUGGGGAUCCGAUUCAAUACAAGGCUGGACAAUUUCGAUAAAGUACAGUGAAACGUGCGAUUAUGCUAAAAAAUAUCUUGAUGAGUAUAAUGAACACAUAGGUGCAUGUAAUCUAUGUACUUAGCAAUGCAAUGGUGCGAUGAUGAUUUUUGAAGAUCAACUGAAAGGUGUCCAGAUUGAAUUUUGUAUUAUGACGAUCAAAACGGUUAUGAUAUUUAUACACUGGUGUUUGUGGCGAUUCUAACUAUGCAGUAUCUCUCUGUUAUUAAAUUCCUUUAUCAUCGGAGAGAUCUAAGUAAAGAUGUUGAUGUUGCAAAUUAAAUUGAAAAUCCUUUUGUUGUUGUUGUUGUUGUAACUUAACUUAAAAAUGUUAUUUGUAUAUUGUAUAUGCUAAACAAAUAUUUAUAUAAUUUGCCAACUACUCUUGAAUAAAAUGUCUUGAAAGAUAAAACGGUAAGGAACAAUGAGAUUCGUUGAAAACUCGAAAGCUCUUCAUCCAAGGAUAUCUUUCAGAUUAACUAAAAUCAAUAAUAUAAUAAAAACUUUUUAAAAAUAAAAACCACAAAGACAAUUUUUUUUAGAUUAAUUGUAAUUUAUCACAGUUAAAGACAGAAACGUGUAAACAUUAUUUGAUGUUUACAGAACAACUUGAAUCAUUCACUCUACUCUUCCUAAUGAUUUCUCUC